AUGGCUGCUGCCGCCUUGCUGCUUGCCAACCUCACCAACAGCAGUGACAGCGGCUGCAACGUGCAUCACCACCGCUACACAGCAAAGGUGAUUUUUUCAUGCUUUUACAUAAUCCUGCUGGUCUUUGGCUCCUGUGGGAAUAUCCUUGCCCUUUGUGUCACCUUUCAGCGAGGGAAGAAGAAAAUCAACUCUACUGACCUCUACCUGAUCAACCUGGCUCUGUCUGAUGCCCUCUUCACACUUGCACUGCCAGGAAGGAUUGCCUACUAUCUCCUGGAAUUCAAUUGGCCCUUUGGGGACUUGUUUUGCCGGGUGACAGCUUUCAUCUUCUACAUGAACACCUACGUGGGCAUCUACUUCAUGACCUGUGUGAGUGUGGACCGCUACAUUGCAGUGGUCCGUAGCCGGUGCCUGGGCAAGUUCAGAAGGGUCAGCCGUGUAAAAUAUAUCUGUGGGGUGGUUUGGUUGCUAGUAUUCCUCCAGACAAUGCCACUGCUCAUGCGGCCCAUGACAAAGAUGAUGGGAGACAAGCUGACCUGCAUGGAGUACUUCAACUUUGAAGAGAUUCCCAAACUUCCCAUCAUCCUCCUGGGAGCUUGCAUGGUGGGGUUCCUCUUGCCUGUCGGAAUUAUAUUGGUUUGCUACGUGCGGAUCAACCUCAAAUUGUGCAGAGCAGCCAAAGAAAACCCUCUGACCGACAAGAAUGGGCACCACCGAAAGGCUGUCACAGUUAUCGUGGUGGUGCUCCUGGCUGUAGUGAUGUGUUUUAGCCCUUACCAUGUAAAUAUCAUUCAGUUCAUGAUCAGGAAGAUCUUGUACCAGCCAUCCUGCUUGGAGCAGAAAGCUUUCAAGAUGUCUUUACAAGUCACAGUGGCUAUGAUGAACAUGAACUGUUGCAUUGAUCCGAUCAUUUAUUUCUUUGCAUUUAGAGGCUAUAAGAGGAGGCUCCUCAGGAUCUUUAAAAACAGUGGCUCCACUCUCUCCUCCUCCACUGCCAAGACACCUUCAGAAAGCAACAGCAACAGCCACAACCAAGGAGCUUGCUCUUUGUCAGUUUAGCUAGCUCUUUGUCAGUUUGCCUUCAUCUGCUUAGAGCUUUAACUUAAAAUUACCCCCAACUGCACUGGUGUGACUCCAUGCAUAGUAGCAGAAGUUGGAAUGCAAGUGCAGGCAAGAAGUUGGCAUUUUUACCAUUCUUCCUGUGCAGCGCAGCAUGACCCUGGAGUAAUAUCACUAGCAGCUUUUCUAUUCUUUUACUGGCUGCAGUGGUGGUGACCCAGGGGCAGUGCC